GUUCCUUGCCGACUGCCUCAUGGCAUCUUUUGAACCAUUCCAAUCUUCCAACCACUUCCCUGUCUCGCUCCUUGUCGCCACCGUCAGGCACGCACUGAGACCAGAUCGAGUGAGAAAAGAGAAGGGGAGAGGCGGUGCCAACCAAAGAGAAUAAAGCAGCCCACCGUCUCAACCUGGGAAUCCAAGACGCGAGAAUUCCAGAAACUGAGAAAAGAGAAAUGACCUGAGGAGAAGAUACCUCCUCUCCUUUCCCCCUCCUCAUGUCUCCCAAGUUUCGUCGACUUCAGAGAAUGGAAGGAGACGACAACGUCCGCGCUUGGCGUUCUCAUGCUAUCAAGAAGAGGAAGGCGAGGGACGGUUUCGGUGCAUGCCAUGUGAAGGCGAAAGAUGCAGAUGAUGGGAAGUUCUUGGUGCUGCUUCAAGCGAAAGAGCGUAUGCUGAGAGAAGACCCCAAGCGAAGCGGGCAGGAAGACGCGACGGACGAACAACUGCGUCGUUUGCUUCUGCUCGCCGCCUCAGCGAUCGACGCCGAUCAUGCAGACGCAGCGAUCGACGCCUUAGUCGACCUGUACCAGCAUGCUUCUCUGCAUGGCCAUCCGAUGCAACGAGUCAUGGCCUACUUCGCCGACGGCUUGGCUGCCAGGAUUCUGACAGAUAGCUCCCCCUUCUACCGAUCAAUCAUGGCGCAUCCGACACCGGAGGAGGAGUUCACGGGCUUCACCGAGCUCUACCGGGCUUCUCCGUGCUACCAGUUCGCGCAUUUCACCGCCAACCAGACUAUAGUGGAAGCCUUCGAGGCGGAAGAGAAGCAAAACGGCAGAAGACUAUAUGUGAUCGAUUUUGACGUCUCCUACGGGUUCCAGUGGCCCUCUCUGAUCCAAUCCCUUUGUGACAAGGCUACAACGAGUAAGCCAAUAUCUCUGCACUUGACAGGGUUUGGCAGAAGCACGGAGGAGCUCAAGAACACUGAAACGAGGCUUGUCGGUUUCUCGAAGAGCUGCAGCAAUCUGGAGUUCGUGUACAAUGGGCUUUUGCGAGGCUCGACAACCAGUGACCUUAAGAUCGAGAAGAACGCAACCCUUGCCGUGAACUUGGUCUUCUAUCUGCAGACCAUGAAGAGCUCGUCUGAGAUGCUCGCGACAUUGAUGUCCAUCCACUCCUUGAAUCCCUCCGUCGUAGUCUUAGCAGAGAAAGAAAUUAGCCAACGCCCCGCAGGCUACUCAGCGAGGUUUGUGGAGUCGUCCUUGAACUACUUUGCAGCCAUGUUUCGCUCGUUGCAUGACUGUCUCCCAGCAGACAGCCUGGGGAGGCUGAGCAUCGAGAAGAACCAUCUUGGGAGAGAGAUCAAAAGCGCCAUAACCUGCAACUGUGAGAAGACAAGUGCGUGGAAGGGGAGGAUGGAGAGCACUGGGUUCCAAGGAAUGAAGCUGAGUUCGAGGUCGGUGAGCCAAGCAAAGCUGCUGCUGAAGAUUAAGGGCCAGUUUUCGACCAUAGAGCAUGUGAGCAACAGCGGGUUUGGCAUUUCAGAGACAGAUGAUGGAAGAACACUGUCUUUGUGUUUGCAAGAUAGAAAUCUAAUCACAGUCUCUGCAUGGAAAUGCACAAGGUGAUCUGGGUACAUGUGAGCAAAAUGAACCAAGCUAACUUUGGAACAUGUCAUGAUCUAGAGCUUAAAUCAAGAAAAUGUUUUGUUUACAUCAUGAUAUCUUCAUUUCUUUCCUGUGUGUAGUUGGGAUAGAGAUGGUUCCCAUGCUGCCUUUUUUCUUGAGUACUGCAGUCGAUUCAAAUAAGUACGACAUCCAAGUUAGAUUCCACCUAACCAAGAUUUGCAGGACACCACUGUGAAAUCUUAGACUUGGCAUCCUCGAUACAGUGUGCUUGGAGAAUCCUUGACCUUAGGUAAGAUUUAAGAGCAGAGGAUGCAGAUAUACCUCAGGUCUAAAUCUCCUCAGCAUACGUGCCACAUU